GUUUACGUUUCGUCUCGCGAAUCGUAGUACGAGAAGAUUUUCUUUGUCAUAAUUUUACAAUUUUGAUGAAUUUUGUGUCAUACUAACAUAUAUUUUGCAAUUUUUUAUAAGCGCUUGUCGCAAAAUCUCAUAUCACAUAAGGGGCGGAAAACGAGCCAAGUGUCUUGAUAGUGAAUUAGGUUCGGAUUGGCAAAAUAGUGGCGUACGUGAUACUUGUUUCGGUAAAGAAUCGCCUGAGUUGUGAUGUCUGAAAAACAAAACAAGAAGUUAGAAAAACCAUAACAGCACACACCAGUGCGGCAGCUAUAGACAAACGCCGCUUCGAGCCGGGAGGCGACCAAUAGAGAUAUCGAUUUUACCCUUGCUGAAAAUGUAACUAAUUGCAUGACAUCCGGAUCUUAAUUGGCACAGAUGCAUGGAAGUAGGGCCACUGUACAGGAAACAUAGUUUCUGCGCUUGUGUAAAGUUUUACAAGUUUGUUUUACAAAGAACCUCAACAAACAUGCCUAUCGAUGAAGUACAACCACAAUCUCAGCAACAACAAACGCAACAACAACCCCCACAACAACAGCAGCAGCAACAACAACACCCACAGAGCUACCGGACAAAUCAGACGACAGCCUCGAAGACAGCGCCACUGGACGACGAGGAGGAGGAAGACGAAGAGGAUGACGACGAAGCGGAAACCGUCGGAGAGCCCACCGAUGCACGAAGCUACUCCAGUACACAAAUUGCCUCCGCCGGAGGAGGCUACUACGAGGAGGAGGAAGACGACGAGGAAGAUGAGGUGGAAGAACACUCCGAACUGAGGCAGUUGUUUGCGCCGAUAGUUGACGCCCAGGCGCAAAGUGAGGACGAGGAAGAUGGAGACUACAUUCCGGACGAGGAGGUGAAGAAGACCAUCAUGGUGGGGAGCGACUUUCAGGCGGUUAUACCGGAGGGUCUUUGCCGGUACGAUGACGCGUUGCCUUACGAAAACGAGGACAAGUUGCUGUGGAAUCCGACGGUGCUGAAUGAGGAGUCGAUCGUAGAGUACCUGCAGAAAAUGACCAGUGGAGCGAACAACAACACGGGCGCACCCCAGGCGAACACCGUUUACUCGAUACCACUCGGGAAACACUUGAGGGACGAUGAACAGGGUCUGUACUUGCUGCAGCAGUGUGGACACAACAUGGAGGAAGCACUGAGACGGAAGCGGAUCAAUGCGGUCCCGGUGGCGGAUCAGCAGAUGAGUAUAUGGUCUGAGGAGGAGUGUAGGAAUUUUGAAAAUGGGCUGCGGAUACACGGGAAGGAUUUUCACAUGAUUCAACAAUCGAAGGUUCGCACUCGCUCGGUGGGAGAGCUCGUUCAGUUUUAUUACCUCUGGAAGAAAACCGAAAGACAUGACAUUUUCGCUAGCAAGGCGAGACUGGAGAAGAAAAAGUACAACCUCCAUCCGGGGCUGACGGACCACAUGGAUCGCUUUCUGGAGGAACAGGAGAAUAGCACCGGAUUCGGGGAUCGCAGCUCUUCGCCCGGCUUCAACAGUUUGUAUAGCAGUGAAGCGAAACGGCAGCGUUUGUUGGAUUCCAAAGAUCAUUCAACCACUACGGGAUCCUCGAAAAGGUCUUCAUCGCUAUGAUUUCCGCGCCGUUUGCUGACGAACCUCGAGAUCAUCGCGACUUGGUUUUUACUUUUCGGUGCGCCGACCGAGUGCUAAUCACGAGAAGGAAUGUAGGGGGAGCGAACUAUUUAAUUGUAUUAAGUGGAAAACGUGAUUCAUUUUUAUUGAUACAUUUUCGAACAGGAAAAGUAUUUGUUUAGGUCAAAGACACAUAGACACGUGCAUCUCAACAGGUUAACCUUUAUACAAUCACUGUUUUGCGACGUAGGAGCGAGUGUUUUUUUGUCAUUUACGAUAAACUAUUUAUGAAAAAGAACAAAAUGACACGAUAGCUAUGAUAGACGGUGGUAUCACAAAAUCACAAAGAUUCUUAAUUUACUUGCUUCGGCCAGACGAAGCGAAUCUCGGCAAAGCGAUGGUUUAAUGUAUCCUAAUUCCGAUGCAUGUAUUGCAUUUCUAUCUUGUCAAAAUUGUCAAAACUAGGCUGAAUGGUAAAAAUAUAACACAG